AUGCGACCCAGGAAGAAAAAUAAGCAAAGGGUGCUCAUGCUGUCUUCCAGAGGAGUAACACAUCGGAUGAGGCAUCUCAUGAACGAUAUUGAGGUCUUAUUGCCUCACGUUAAAAAAGACGCGAAAUUGGACUCGAAGAGCCAGCUGCACCUCCUACCCGAACUAGCAGAUCUGAACAACUGCAACAACACCCUGUACUUCGAGGCUCGUCGUCAUGAGGACCUGUAUCUUUGGGCGGCGAAGACGCCCAAUGGGCCGAGUAUUAAGAUGCACGUGCAGAAUAUCCACACUAUGGACGAGUUGAAGAUGACGGGGAACUGCCUCAAGGGGAGCAGGGGGAUCGUGUCGUUUGAUAAGGCGUUUGAGGAGACGGACUGGGGGAGACUGACGAAGGAGGUAUUCACGCAUAUUUUCUGCGUACCUCCUCAAGCACGGAAAGCGAAACCGUUCAUAGACCACGUCUUAACAUUCUCUAUCGUGGACGGGAAAAUAUGGUUUCGCAAUUAUCAGAUAUUGGAGAAAGACCCAUUACAGCCUAAUGGACCACCGCAAACGUCGAUGGUGGAGAUCGGCCCUCGUUUCGUAUUGACGCCCAUACGAAUUUUUGAGGGCGCCUUUUCGGGUGCUACUGUGUUUUCAAAUCCAGAAUUCGUUUCGCCCGCCGCUGUUCGCUCCGCGGCGAAACGAGCGAAGGGGGACAAAUACGGGAUGCGGAAACAGGCACAGCAGGAACGGAGCGACAGACAAGAGCUGCGCCGGCUGGAGGAAGACGAGUUGGCCGUCCCGAAAGUGUUUGCUUAG